AUGAACCUCGACGAAUACGCCGAGCGGCUGAUCAAUCUUCUCCCUCAGAACGAGAUUUUUGUUGACAAGGACAUUCCCCGUGACUACCAGAAUGGACUGCUUUACAUCACGGAACUGGAACGCCUCCGAUCUCUUACCUGUUCCAAGGCGCUCCGCCGCUCACUACCUUGCAUUCUCGACAUCACGAAGACCUGGACGCACUCGCUUCCCGAUACAUCUCGCCGAGUUCUGUAUCAGCAGUACCGACCGCUACUCUUUUCGAUCGACAAGCUAUCGACCGCUAGUCCUCAAGAUACAACACUCACCCUUGAACACGUGAUACGAGCGAAGCGCGACACGACCUCUCAGGUGUACAAGGGAUCGUUGCGUAUCGGUUCCGGAAAGUCUCGAGAGGUUUGCAUCAAGAUAUACCAGCAAAGCAUGUGCUCGCUACCGGACAUUGAUUCUUUCGACGAAGACGAGCGUUACAACCCUGAAUUGCGCACUGCUCGGCAUGACGCGGGUGUAGAGGCUUGGGCGUACUGUAAACUUGCUCCCCUCCAAGGCUCGAUCAUCCCUUGCUCGUAUGGCUUUUACGAAGCACGUCUCCCCAACGGCGAAACUGCUGUUGUUCACAUUCUCGAAUAUCUCAACGGAGUCACGUUGUCGUCUUUCAAACGACGCGAUGAUCUGGAACGGCAUUUGAGUUGUCGCGUGAUUGACAUGGUAGAGAAACUGCUCGAGAACAUAGCUCUCAUGCACGAACUGGGUGUCACGCACCAAGAUUUGAAUCCGAAUAACAUCAUGCUGCUGACGCAACCCAGAGGAUUGGAACCUCUGUCCUCUCUUGCGAUCAUCGAUUUCAACCGAGCAGCGCCGGUGCAUGCAAUCUUCGACAACGAACGUGGCGACUCACUUUGUAUGCUGGAUCUCUUCAGAAGAUACCGCGUGCCGAUAAGGCUUGUCGAGGCAUGGUACACAAAACACGCUUCCUCGCAUCCGCGCCCUCGCUGGCUUUCUUUGUUCGAUAGUAAGACAGCAGGAGAGGGCGCACAUUUCCGGUAUUGGCAUAUCAUAAUGUGCGGUCGCGAGAGACGACAGCAGUAUACAUCGAUUGAGUAUUAGCAUAGUAUGAUGUCAAAAAACGUUUUAGUGGGUGACUACGUGUUUUGUGCCAAUGUCGCGCAGAACGAGUGCUAUUUUGU